AUGGACAACCUCACGCCUUCAGACCUCUUCUCACCGUCGAAAGCACGUCAGCAGCGCGCGCAAGCACAGGACUGGGCACACAUCGACUCAUGGCUGUCGUACAAGUACAGUGGCCGCACUGUACCGACGUUUGAGCGGAAUGAAGAGACGCUGAAGGUGCUCCGAGAGUUGUCAAUGGCGAACGAAAGGGCAGAUGAGGAGCGAACUGUGCUAGAGCGUGUAGAACGGGAGGCACUGAAGGAGCUAGACGAGGUCGUGCGAAACGACAACGACGAACGCAUACUGUCCCAACUCAAAAGCAGCCUUACACAAGAAGGCGAACAGGCACUCCACGCCAUUGCGUCCACCGCCGUAGCGCUCAAUACACCCACAGCCGCUCCAGAAACGCUCGCACACGCCCUCAUCCAGCACACUACAACCUCUCAAAACCUCACCAACCAACUGGCCCAUAUAGAAACGCUGCAAACCUACCUCGCAACACAAACAUCCCUACUACGCACUCAACUCGACGAAUUGCAAACAAACCCCGCCUUUUCUACCCCUCACCAGCUACAACGCCAAACCAUCGAGCAAACCCGCCAGACAAAACACCUCCGCACCAAGAUACGGGAAUACGAGGACAGGCUGUCGUCCCUACAAUUCUCACAAAAUCGGACCAUGACGCCCGGGUCGGCGAAUAUUGGGUCUGCAGAGGUGAUGGGUGAAAUGUUGGAGCAGCAGAAGGUUUUGGAUGAGCUGAGAGAGAGGGUUGAGGGGCUGGAGAGGCAGGUUGCUGAAUUUGCUGGGUUGCCGGCAGAUAGGGAGAUGGCGCGGAAGGAGGUUGGGAAAUUGGAGGUUAGGCUUGAUGAGGUGAGACGGCGGAGGGAUGAGUUGUUUGAAGGGCUGGUUGGGUAA